UCGGCGCAGGGGCACAGAGACUGAGGGGCGGGGUUUCCGGCGCGGUGCAGUCUGGGAUAGCAUCCGGGGCUCCCGCUGAGGUGAUUUCUCGCGGCGGAGGCCCGUUUUGUGCCGGUUUCUCUCCCAGGCCGCGGUCCCCUCUCUCCUGCCGGCGCCAUGGCGAUGCAAGCGGCCAAGCGAGCCAAUAUUCGGCUCCCUCCAGAAGUCAAUCGGAUCCUGUAUAUUAGGAACCUGCCCUAUAAAAUCACAGCGGAGGAAAUGUAUGAUAUUUUUGGGAAAUAUGGACCUAUUCGGCAAAUCAGAGUUGGAAACACUCCCGAAACUAGAGGAACAGCCUACGUGGUCUAUGAAGACAUUUUUGAUGCCAAAAAUGCUUGUGAUCACCUGUCGGGAUUCAACGUGUGCAACAGAUACCUUGUCGUGUUGUACUAUAAUGCAAACAGGGCAUUCCAAAAGAUGGACACAAAGAAGAAAGAGGAACAGCUUAAGCUUCUCAAGGAAAAAUAUGGAAUUAAUACAGACCCACCAAAAUAAAUUGAUCUUUUUGGAAAACUGUUUGCAAGCCCUGCCCUUGAGUUCUUGAACUAAACAUAGCAAUACCCAAUGAAGUGUAAUGUUUUUAUUUUUAUUCGAUGAGCUGUAAUUUGAUUCUUUAGAUCUUCACGUUAGAAUUAAAUACAUGUAAAACAUCAGAAGAUCUGCUUUAAGAUUAAAUCCCCGUAAAUGGAUAUGGCUUCUCCGUGUUGUAAGGGUGACCUGGUCAACGCUGCACAACCACAGUCCCAUUUCCGUCAGGACCAGUCGCAACAGGACGCAGCCCGCUGAGUGUCUCGCACCCCUGAAGUUGUGCCCGGUCUCUGGGGCAGAUUGCAGGCGUUGCAGCCGGUUAAUGCCAAGAGCUCUGCGAGAACCACCUACAUGGAGCCGGAUCUCACUUGAUACUUUCUGAAAAUGGAAUAUUGCUACUCGUCUCCCUGCCACAGGGAUUUUUGUGCUUUCUUAAAAAAAAAGUAUGGUUUGAUACUUCAUCACACCUGUACAUAUUGUACACAAAUUAUUGCGCCUUUCUUCCUCCAGCAGUGUUUCAAGGAGCCUAAUUCCAUUAUGUGAUUGUUAGGCUACUUCUCACUAGAAACAAAACAAGCCCAGAUCCAUGUUUAUAAAGAAGUUUGUUUUACAAACUGUAGAAAGUCAGUGGCCUUUUAAAAGAAUCCAGCUGCUUGGGUUACUUCAGUCGAAACAUCUUGUUCCCAGUGAUUGAGACAAAACUGCUAAGCUGCAGUGAAAAUAAUCUUGCUCUAAUGGUGCGAAAUGAGAUGGUGGUAACUUUAGGUGCCUGUAGUGCGAUUAUUUUAUCCUCUGUGUGUUUGAACUGUCAUAUAUUUCCAUUUUCUUUAGAUUUUCAUUGAAAUCUGUCACUUAAAGAAUUACGCUGUUCUUACGUCCAUUUAGUAAAAAAAUAAAUGUUUAUAUAUA